AAUCCUCGUCACAUGAGACGGUGUGCAGCAGAGUUGUGAUCUCUUCCUGACUGUGUGCUCCGCUAUGGCGGAUUGCGAGCGAUCUCCGCUGCUGUCAGAUCUCAGCGAUGGGGGUACAGGUGGCGGGACCGGCGGGAUAUUGCCCAGUAAGCCGCCAGGGUUUCCUGAGUUUCCCAGCUCGCAGCCCUCGGUCCUGCCUGGUGAAGACCCCCCUCCCUACUCCCCUAUGACCUCUCCGGAGAGCGGCAGUGCCCCCAUGAUCAGCUGCCGGGUGUGCCAGUCGCUCAUCAACGUGGAGGGCAAAAUGCACCAGCAUGUGGUCAAGUGUGGGGUUUGUAAUGAAGCCACGCCCAUAAAGAACGCUCCUGCUGGGAAGAAGUACGUGCGCUGUCCUUGCAACUGUCUCCUUAUUUGUAAAGUGACGUCACAAAGGAUAGCCUGCCCCCGACAGUACUGUAAACGAGUAAUAAACCUGGGUCCUGUUUGCCCCGGUCCAGCCAGCCCGGAACCGCAGCCCGCGGGAGCGAGGGUGACCUGCGGGCACUGCAACAACACCUUCCUGUGGACCGAAUUCAUGGACAGGACAUUGGCACGCUGUCCACACUGCAGAAAAGUGUCCUCGAUUGGAAGACGAUAUCCUCGUAAGAGAUGCUUGUGGUGUUUUCUGUUGGGUCUCCUGUUUGCCGUCAUUGCAGGUGGCCUUGCAGCUGGCACGUGGAAGCAUGCGCAACAGUACGGUGGAAUCUAUGCGUCCUGGGCUGCCAUCAUCCUGCUGGCGGUCAUCUGCAUGGGCCGAGCCUGCUAUUGGGCCUGCAUGAGGGUCAGCCAGCCAGUGCAGAACUUCUCAUAAAAACCCCAGCGCGUUCUCGAGAGGGGAAACGGAACGAGAAAGCGUUUUCGUGAGGUGGUCAGGGGGUGGGGGUGGGGGCGGGGUCUGAUGUCAGUCGGAAUCCCUUUUCUGUUGGCCUUUGUUCUCUCCGCACCUGGAAGCCUUUGCCUGCAUUUUAGGUUAGGCUCUGAUACAGAGGGCAGCCCCUGGAUAUGUUCUACCAGUCCUUUAGUGCCUGUUCAUAUGUGUGCACUUUUCUGUUUUUCCAGUCUGUGUACCUUCCAGUCCAGGUUUUUUUUUUUUUUUUUUUUUUUCCCAACUGUGCUCUGAAUUAUUAAUAAUAACAAUGAAACCUUCCAGGUUUAAGCAAUGAACCUGUUAAACCUGAAGUGUUAGUCUCUCCGACUAGAAAUCGAGGUUAGCGCCACUUAGUGGACUUGUGGGGAACUGUAGUGCCUGAUCGUCAGUCUGUCGUCAGUCUAAUAAGCAAACUGCCCUCCCCCCCAUCCCCCAUAUCAGUAAUAAUCAUCACACGAGUUACCCCAAAAUAAAGAGAACCUAACUUGAAUGAACUGUAUGCAAUAUAGUGCUUCUCCAAAUGCAAAGAUGAAUUGCACAAAUGUUCAAAAAAAUGUUUCAGACUUUUAUUUAUUUAAUUUUUUAUUUAAUUGAUUUUUUAUAUACGUGUAAGUCACAGUUGUGGGUCCUCUCCUGUCUGACACGCAUUGCUAAUUCUUCAAUACACGGAAACCAGGACCAGAGGACACGGGUACAAAUGAAGUGGAGGCAGACUUAGGACACAGUGGUGAGGGGAUGGAAUGGGUUACCUAGUCAUGUUGCUGAAGGAGACUCUUCUUCACACAGAGAGUGGGGA